CACACCUCGCGACCAUGAACUCGGUCCGCACUCUCGUGGUGCUUGCUCUGGCCUGCCUGCUGCUGGCCAGCGUGGCAGACGCCGUCGCUUCGGCCGGUUCGUGUUCUUCCGAACGCCGCUGCUCUGAUGACUCCGACUGCGAUACGAGUCGCAGUGACAGAUGCUGCAACGGCCGGUGUGUGGCGGAAGAUCAGUUCGACCUCAACCUUGGCUCGCUCUGCGAUGACAACGGCGAUGAUUGCCGCGGAAAGUGCCGGUCGUCGCUUGCGUGCAGGUCCCAGCGGUGCGAGCGGUGGCGGGGCUUGGCUGGGCCCGGGUGCAUCUGCGACAAUUCGUUGACCAGCGGGUGCAGCAACCCGUACACGUACUGCGACUUUAUGGCAAACAGGACGGUUGUGGAGAACCGAUGCGUGUGGAACAAUCUCCCGCCUGGAGCACCGUGCGAUACAAAUGCCCAGUGCCGGGGCAACUGUGAGAACAACGUGUGCGUGACCACGUCGACGUCCGGUAGCUCGUGUGCGUCGGCCUUUGACGGUACCUGCCCCAACUCCCUCGCGUGUGUGGUGGAAGAGGCGCCACCAUCAGUCGCCCGGCAGUGCCUCUCGCGGCGCCCGGUCAAUGGCUACUGCCGCGACCCCAGCGACUGCAUCUCGGGUGUGUGCGAUACCGACUCCAACUUGUGCAUUGCCGCGCUGCAGCUCGAAGGCGGCGCCAACUGCACCGACAACUACGCGUGCAAGUCGGGGCUCUGUGCAGUGGGCACCCUCGGGUACAGGACCUGCAUCGACCGGCCGUACUCGGGAGGCCAGGGCUCGCCGUGUCCGUUUGGCCACACGCAGUGCCAGAUGGGCUACAAGUGCGUCGGCUCACCGACCGUUGCCCGUUGCAUGAACGUCCGCGGCUUGCAGUGCGUGUCAAGCACCAUUUGCGGUCCUAACGCAGAGUGCAAGUGCACCGGCGGAACCCACUACGCGUGCCAGGCAGCGGACAAGCCCUCGCUCAACUGCCUCACGGAGCGCGUUGAGUACCGCAAGUUCACUGGCUCUAUCUUCGCGUCGCUCGUUCGCCCGUGGCACCUCUACCCGACCGAUGUCGCCGAGGCCGCCGCCAAGCUCCUUUGCUGUGAGUACCGCCGCGGGUCGUUCAACAACAACGAGGUGAAGAACAGGUACCUCCGCGGCGACGGCCAGGUUCAGCCCGGCGCUCGCCUCAACUGCCGCGUCGACCCGCCGACGUGGGAGGAGCGCAAGACUGGCGACUACCCCGAGCGCUGCAGCCUGACCAGCGAGGUCGCGUUUGACAACAUCUGGCUUUUGUGAAGCAGAGCGCCCACAUAGUGAUGGCAUAAACAACUCGGCAGACUU